AUGAAGCUAAGUCAACCCAAAAAUCCCGAAUGCUAUGGAAAACGUGUAUCAGGAAAUACUAAUCAGGCGCUAGGAGUUUCUAGAAGAAGUCUCGGACGACAGUGUGUAGAUGGGACCCGGUAUAAAAUAGAUCCCUGUAAUUACUGCAUGUGUGUAUAUGGCCAAGAUGUAUGUACGGACAUAAAUUGUGCGGCCACUGAUUUGGCAUACGUUAUGUCAGUUCCAUGCAAGGAAGGUAACACGCGCCAAAUAGACAACUGCAAUCGAUGCACGUGUGAAAAGGGACUUUAUGUUUGUACUGACGAGAUAUGUGAAAUAGACAGAAUUAAUCGACAAACGAGCAGACGCAGUAAGUGUAAGAGAGCCAUGCUUCGACACGAAUGGGUCGGCUCGUCCGGAGUAAUACACGGCCUCACAGAAAACGGCGUGAAACAACCACAACGUUGUGUUUCGCCGUUUGACGAUGAUGAAUAUCUUGAGGAAUUUUAUGACAGUGUUUCCCUUGAAGAACUAACCGAUAAAGAGUCAGAUAGUUCUGACAUUUAUAAUGAUAUCGAUUUUGAUACUUCUGCCUAUUUUAAAGAUAAAGAGCCUGAUACUUCUUCCUAUUUUAAAAUUAAAGAAUUUGGUAAUAUUUUUAAGGAUGUCUUCCAUAUUUUCCGUGCUCGUAGCGAGACACAAGACGGCCCCCCCAGUAGCACGCCGCUAAGCUGGAUCUUCAGUCCAUCUCAACCAAACACAGACAGUCAGGUUGUCACUCCGCCUAGUUGGCAGACUUAUAAUAAUGAAACUAGCGUGGAAGUCUUACGUCUUUUAGAUGACUAUGACGGUCAAACUGUUGUAGUUGAUCCUACACAUCGCAGUGGUCAAGAUCCUUAUCUUCGAGUGAAUAACGACAAGAUUGACACAAAAAAGACUAAGCACUGUAAUGUCGGGGAGCGGUAUAGACUAGGUGCCUGCAAUUAUUGCUACUGCAAUGAGCUUGGCAUCCGAAUAUGCACACGACAUUCCUGUGACAAUCACGGGACCGAGCUGCCCGAUUCCGAGUAUAUACCCAAGGAGUACGAAACAGAAUGCAAAAUAGGAGUCAGAUUCAGACUAGACAAAUGCAAUUAUUGCUAUUGCAAUGCUCAUCGUCAACUUAUAUGUUCGAAGAAUAAGUGCCCAAGCAGUAAUGACCAUAUUUUACCACAAUUAAGGGCAAACGACGAUUCCUGUAUUGACGGCAGCCAACGACAGAAGGACGCUUGCAACUAUUGCAUUUGUAUAAAUGGAAUCGAAAUGUGCACCCAAAAACCUUGUUUGGAUAAUGUACCAAGGGGUCUAAAACCACUUGAUUUGGUCCGGUCACUACUACAAUCACUUUACAGUCAAUCACAGAUACCACCGCAGAUGCUAGAGCCUGGUUGCAACAAAGAAAUGCUUUACCUACCUGAAGAUUAUGACCCUGAAUGUCCUAACGUGUGUUUAUGUGAUGGAAACGAACUGUUUUGCACACAUCGACAAUGUGAUAAAACAGAUUCGAAAAUUCACGAACCAAAAAAUACACCACACAAAACCAUCAACACGAAACCUGGCAAAACGUUAAGAAAAUACUGCCGUGAGAAAGACAAGUUUCAAAUGGGAUUCCCGCCAUACUGUGCUCAGUGCAAAUGUCUAUCCAAUCAAUGGGAUUGCUCCGUAAAGGGAGAAUCAUGUUCAGAUUAUAGUUUGGAAUUUUCAUCCACAACGCUGGCGAAACCGCAGGCGGAAGCUAGUAUUCACUUAAAUGAGAUUUAA